AUGUCUUAUAACCAGUACUCUGGCUACGGCCACCCACCCCCCGGUGGCCCCCCUCCCGGGCAAUAUGGGUAUGGCCAACAGCCUCCACCGCCGCCGGGCCAAUACGGCUAUGGUCAACCACCGCCGCCGCCGCAGGGACACUACGGAGCACCACCACCUCACCAGGGAUACCACGGUGCUCCCCCUCCGCAUCAACCUCCUCCAGGUCAAUAUGGCGGUUAUGGGCAGCCGCCUCCUCCGCAACACGGAGGGCAAUACCCACCUCAGAACCAGCCCUAUGGAGGUCACUCACCACAACCACCGUACCAGCAGCAAGGCUACGGCGCGCCGCCCGCCGGCCCUCCGCAGAACUAUGCAGCUCCUGCGCCAGCCUGGGGAGGUCCUCCCACUCCGGCUUCCCUGGGAUAUGGACCACCGCAGAUUAUUAAUUGGGAUGCCAACCCAGACGCCCAUGCACUGAGAAAGGCAAUGAAGGGCUUUGGCACCGAUAACAAGGUCUUGAUCCGUACACUGGCCAACAAGGAUCCCUUGCAAAUCGACGCGAUCAAGGACGUGUACUACCGCAACUUUAACAAGAGCUUGGAAAAGGACAUCAUCUCGGAGACAAGCGGCUAUUUCGAGACGGGCUUGGUGGCCAUUGUUCAAGGACCUUUGCUCCAUGACUGUCAUCUACUCUACAAUGCUAUGGACGGUCCCGGCACCAAGGAGAAGGUGCUCAACGAUGUUCUACUGGGCCGUUCCAAUGCGGAUUUGCAAGCCAUCAAGAGAAAGUAUCAACAAACUUUCGGAAGGGCUCUGGAGAACGACGUCAGGGGAGAUCUGAGCAUGAAGACGGAGCGCCACUUUCUCAUUGUGCUGGGGGCCAACAGAGCUGAGGACAGCGCACCCGUGGUCCCACAAGAUAUCGACCGCGACGUUAUGGACCUGUACCGUGCUGGCGAGGGUAAGGUGGGCACGGAUGAGAUGAUCUUCUGUUCCAUCCUCAGCACCCGCAACGACAACCAAAUCCGUGCAAUCAACCACGCCUACGAGCAGAAGUUUAGGAAGCGUCUUGCCGAUGUUAUUCGCAAAGAAUUCAGUGGACACAUGGAAGAGGCUCUGUUAUUCCAGCUCAACCACGGCGUUGACAAGUUCAUGCAUGCCGCGGCUUUACUCGAAGAUGCCAUGGCCGGAUUUGGCACCAAGGAUCAGCUCCUCGUCAGCCGCGUCGUGCGUUAUCACUGGGACAGACAUGCCAUGGCCAACAUCAACGGUGCCUUCCAGCAGAGAUAUAAGACAUCUCUUGCCAAACGCAUCAAGGGCGAAACGAGUGGAAACUAUGAAGACUUGAUGGUUGCUUGUGUUGGCGCGUGA